AUGCCACUGACACCGAAAAAUUACACCUGGCAGCAGAGAUUCAGCACCUCCGAUGACCCUCACGGUGAGGGUGAAUCGUCGGACAUUGUACUGCGCGUGCCGUUUGCCGGAAAUCGUUUUCAACCGGAUGACAUCUUCACAACGGAACGGUUCCUGAAAAUAUCGCGUUCCCCCCACUACUGGGAAUUGUUUCUGUGCGAUUCAAUCGAUCCGGAUGCCAGCCACUGUAGUAUCCUUGAGAAUGAGGUAGUGUUCGAGCUGGUCAAGCAGAACCCAACGGUACGUUGGGAUGCGGUCGAGCUGGAUGUACCACGGGCGGAAAGGACAGCCCUAAAGGAACACUAUCUAGCGCAACACCAAAAGCACUUGGAAGAACGGUCGAAGCAGCGCGCAGUGGAGAAGGAUCGCAAAAAGAAGGACGAAAUACAUCGCCAGAUCGAACGGGAACGGAACGAUCGGUCCGCUAUCGAUACGCUGUUGGAGGAGUCAAAGCAACGCGAACUGAAGCGAAUGGAAUUGGCGAUGGUAAAGGAGUACCGUCCAGAUCCCGCAAAACAUCAACCGGCGAGUCGUUCGAGUUCGUCCAGUACACUCCAUUCCACUGCUGAACCGUGUGUCCCUGAUCCAUCACCGCCCGCAGUGCGCUGUUCCGGUACGCUCGAAGUAACGUUCAGCGAACGAACUUUCAUUACUCCGAAGCGCGAAUCGAUGGAACAGGCCGAACAGGAAUGGACGCGCAAGCAGGCCGCCGCCCGCCGUGCUGUGGGCUUCGCCGAUGACGACCUACGACCGGACGAAAGAAAUCCCGAGUGGUUAAAGCAGCGGGGCGAUACAUUUUUCCAGCAGAAAAACUUUCUUGCCGCCAUUUCGGCGUACAGUGCCGGUAUACGGCUUACCAAGGAUUACUAUGCGCUGUUCCUGAACCGGUCCGCUGCACACUUGGCGCUCGAGAAUUAUCAACGCUGUGCAGAAGAUUGUUCGGCAGCGUUGGAACUUUUGCAACCGCCGGUCGAAGCGAAUCGGAAGGCACGGGUAUCGUGCUUGGCUAGACGUGCUGCCGCACUCGUGAAGCUGGGAUUCCUCCAGCAAGGCUACGACGAAAUGGUGGCCGCCAGUCGUCUCGAUCCAGAGGAGCAAAGCCUGCGGAUCGAGGUGGACCGUUUGAGGCGAUGCAUGGACGAACAGUCAGAAUCGGAUGACUAA